UUUUUACAAUGGAUGAGUCUACUCCAAUCGAAGCUACACCGUUCAGCUAUCUAAUUCCAAGCUUUGCUGACGAUGAUAACCAUCAGAUGGAGAACAUCCCAUCACCAACUUAUCAAGUGGUUACACCACUUCAAACCGUUGAUGACGAGACCUCUUACACAACACCACCUCCCAUUCCUCAAGCCUCACCGCUUCAGCCUGCUAAUGAGGAAAACUACAACACACCAACACCCUAUCAACCUCUAUUACUGGCCACACCACUCAGCUUCGUUUCACCAUCUGAUGAAUCCAACACUGCUGCUGUCGAUCCCAACAUGGGUCCUAUCAAAAGAGGACGAGGCCGACCAAAAGGUUCAAAGAAUUCAAAGCCGUCCAAGAAGAAGAUGGAAACCUCUCAUCUCAACAAUGAAGUGGUUGUAUCUGGUCACAAUGAUGAAACUCACAACACAUCAUUCUCCCCUCAUCCUCCUCUAGUGGCCACAGAUCUUCAAGCUAUUGUACCAUACGAUGACUCCAACCACGACUCUUUGGCUGAUGAUGAUGCUGCUCCGAGUAGCGAUCCUAUUAAAAGAGGACGGGGCCGACCAAAGGGUUCGAAGAGUGCCAAGACGCCUGUGAAGAAGCUGAAACCCCAUAAUCCCGACGAGAAAAUGGUAAUAUUUUGUCCGAGUUUUGACUCGAUGAUAACCGAAGAGGAGAAAGAAAAUGGGAAUGAAGAGCUGGUGGACUCCGUUCGGAUGCGAUUCAACGCCGUUUGUCGUCGCUUAGGCCAUGUAAGCUGCGAGAAAGCUGUGGUCACAACUGCCUUCAGUAGGUUUACCAAUCUGGGUGUCAGGACUAACAAGAAGAAGAGAAUCGGUCCGGUUCCGGGGGUACAACCAGGAUAUAUAUUCUACUUCUGGGGAGAGAUGUGUUUGGUUGGACUUCACACUCAGAUGCCUGCUGGUAUCGACUAUCUACUAGCGAAAGAUGGUGAAGCAGAAGGCUUAACAACAAGUGUCGUUACAUCAGUAGGACACUACAACGACAAAACGGACGAGCUUCAUACUUUGGUAUACACCGGGCAAGGAGGAACGUGUAAGGAUGGUAAACCUAGAAAUCAAGACCUUACAAGAGGAAACCUAGCGUUGGUCACAAGUCAGAAAAGAGGAAAUGAAGUUAGAGUGAUUAGAGGUGUAGAGGAUCCGGGUGAUAAAAAAGGGAAAGUAUAUAUCUACGAUGGUCUCUAUGUGGUAACCCAUUAUUGGAUAGAGAAAGGGACCACCGGCUUUGAUGAAUUCAAGUUUAAUCUCGUGAGAAAACAAGACCAGCUUUCUGGUUUCGCCACGUGGAAGUUAGCUGAAGAAUUGAUGAAGUGUGGUUCGAGUAAUCGGUCCAGGAAGGGUUUUGUGUUUGAAGAUAUUGCUCUUGGAUUGGAGGCGUUACCAGUUCCGAUCGUGAACGAGAUCGAUGAGAACGACAAGGAGUGGCCUCUAGACUUCGACUACAGAGCCUCUUCAGAAAGUUUGAGUAUAAUGAUCGUUCCGAACCAUCAAUCUACUGGAUGCAAAACCACUUGUCAAGGUGGUCAGUCAUGUGGAGAUCCGAUGUGUCUUUGUAUUCAAAGAAACGGAGGCGAGUUACCGUAUGAUAACCGCAUUUUACUAUAUCGUAAACCGAUGAUUUACGAAUGCGGCGAUUCCUGUUCUUGCCCCGCGGACUGCAAGAACAGGCUAUCUCAAAGCGGUUUGAAACUCCGGUUGGAAGUGUUCAAGACGGAGAGCUGCGGUUGGGGGUUACGUUCGUGGGAGCCCAUACGAGCCGGGACUUUUAUCUGCAAGUUGGUUGGCACAGCUAAGGGAAGAGAUGAGAUUGAAGAAGACGACGAGUACGUCUUCGACACCUCUCGAGUUUACAAACGGUUUAGGUGGAACUACGAACCGGAACUUGUGGGUGAAGACUGUUGGGACGAAGUCUCUGAAGUUUAUAAACUUCGGUCGGAAAUAUUGGUCAGUGCCAGAGCGUUUGGUAACGUUAGUCGGUUCAUGAACCAUAGCUGCUUGGCUAACGUUAUGUGGCAGCCUGUUGAGUUUGAAAAGAAUGGCCAACCUUUGGUUCGUAUUGCCUUUUUUGCAAAGAGACAUAUACCUCCGUUGACAGAGUUGAGAUACGAUUAUGGAAUGUCUUAUGAUACUGGAGAGGUUGAUGAAGGUGGAAGCAGGGUUUUUACAGGUAAAAGGGCUUGCUUGUGUGGUUCGGAAAAUUGUCAUGGUUCUUUUGAGUGAGGUUGAACAUUUUUAUUAUUAUUGUUGUUGUCUUUUUAUCUGUUUUUUUGAUUAUUGUGGUCUUGUGUUUCCUUUUAAUCCUUAAGAAUAAAAAACUUACUUAAGUUUUCACUACAAAAAACGAGGUCUGUAGCAUCACUUAUUUUAAACUUUUAUAUCACUUGUUGAAUGACACAAAUGUAUUACCAUCA